AUGGGCAACAGACUAAGUGUAAAUUCAAAAAAUGGCAAACGCAAAAUCAGAGAUUAUGUUAUAAACGACGAGGAAAUCGACAGGCUCCAGGUUCAGCAUCAUAUUUUUCGUACAAUAUGGGAAGGCAAUUUUAAAGCGCCCGUGGAAAAAGUACUCGAGUCGGAUAAUGCUGAAGUACUAGAUAUCGGAUGCGGUACAGGAAUUUGGGCAUGUGAUUUGAUUUCAGACUUUCCAAGAUGCCAUAUCACCGGAAUUGACAGUAACCCAGACUUGUUUCCAUACCAACCGCCCCGAAAUGUGAAAUUUCACUGUGCGAAUGAUUAUAUACAAGCUUUAUCCACGUUUAAAGACAACUCGUUUGAUUAUUUGCACAUGAGGUUUUGUUGGUCGCAUUUUACGCGUGAUCAGUGGCGCAAUGUUGUAUUGUCAGAGUUAAUGAGGGUAAUAAAGCCCGGCGGAUGGUUAGAGAUCGUAGAUUUUUCUGUUGACGCUCAGAACAAGGGACCAAUAGCAACGAAAUAUCUACAAAGAAUAAUUGAACAAUCUCGUACACGUAACCUCGAUUACGAAAUACUCCCUCUUCUCCCAAGUCUACUUCCAUCCAUCCCAAACCUUUCCCCGCAAAUAUACCACCAAACACGAUUGAUACCAUGCGGUGCGUGGGGUGGCAAGAUCGGUGCUUAUUAUGAGAAAAUUGCGAAAUCUACAGUGCUGAAAACCACCGAAACAAUGUCACGCCGACAAGGGCAUGACGUUGCUAAGAUUAUUGAAGAUUUAUCAGCGGAAUUUCGGAGUUAUAGAACUUCUGCGAUAUGCCAUAGAAUAUUUGCACAGAAGGCUGUGACUGAAAUAAACACCAAAUUCACAUAG